AUGACACAUGCAGACCCCAUCCAAGAAUGGAAGGUAAUAGGCGUUGUCGGUGCCGGGAGCAUGGGCUCUAUGAUGGCCUUCGCAUUCUCCGAAUUGGGACUGGAUGUAUCUGUCUGGGACGUCGCGGGGAAGAACAUCGAUAAACUGUUGAGAAAUGUUGAGAAUUCAAAAGAGCAACUCCAGGGAAAGAUUACCGGGUACAAAAAGAUCGAUGAAUUUAUGAGCAGCCUGGAAGGCAAGGCUGAGCGAAAGCUACUCAUCUUUUCCAUCACGCAUGGAGACCCGGCGGAUUCUGUGCUACAUCAGAUCAAGGGAAAAUUGAAAAGUGGUGAUAUUAUUCUAGAUGGUGGGAAUGAGUACUAUCGGCGCACCGAGCGACGCCAGCAUGAACUCAAGCCUCUGGGAGUCAGUUGGAUUGGUAUGGGGGUAUCCGGCGGGUACCAAUCUGCUCGCCGCGGUCCAAGUCUGUCUCCUGGAGGCGACAAACAGGCCGUUGAACAAGUGCUGCCCUUUUUGGAACUCUAUUCCGCCAAAGACAAAAAGACCGGAAAGCCGUGCGUGACCUAUAUUGGACCCCGCGGGUCCGGCCAUUAUGUGAAAAUGUGUCACAAUGGUAUCGAAGGCGGCCUGUUAUCGACCACGUGUGAGGCAUGGGAUAUGAUGCACAAAGGCCUCGGUAUGAGCUUCGAUGAGAUUGGAGAUGUGUUCAAAGAAUGGUCCAGCCACGGCGAAUUGAGAAACACCUUUCUUCUCAAUAUCGGGGUCGACAUUUGCCAUAGAAAGAAAUCCGCACGUGGAGAUGGUAGGGGUGAGGGAGUGGAUCCAGCCGGAGGAUAUGUACUAGACGAUGUUCUUGACAAGGUAGUUCAAGACGACGAUAAUACAGAAGGAACCCCACUAUGGUCAAUCAUGGAGACUGCACUUCGACACGUUUCGAGCCCGAGUUUAGCGACAGCGCAUUACAUGCGUAUUGCUAGUGGGAACAGGAAUCAGCGAGUCCGCGUCGCUAAGAAGCUUGACCUGCCGGCGCCGAAACGAAUGGACGUCCAGGACAAGAAGGAUUUCCUCGAGAAGUUACGCCGCGCUGUGUACGCUUCGUUCCUAUGUUCCUACUGUCAAGGUCUCGAACUCAUCGCGCGAGCCUCUGCCGAUGAGGGUUGGGGCGUCGAUCUUGGAAAAUGCAUUCAGAUCUGGCGGGCGGGCUGCAUCAUACAGUCCGAAGCUAUCGCCGAUAUGUUGCAGCCCAUACUCGCGCAGGAUGUUCAGAUCAUGAACAUCAAGCUGAUCGAUGAGGUGUCGCGAGAUCUUCGCGACAACUUCGAGCCUUUGAAAGAAGUUGUUCUCCGUGGCACUGAAUUCGAUGCGUGUAUGCCUUCGCUGUCCGCGUCGCUAGAGUAUCUAAAGUACGAAGGUAGCACCAAUUUGCCUACACAAUUUAUGGAAGCAGAGAUGGACUACUUCGGAGCCCAUGCAUUCAACAAGCCGUGCAAGCCGGGCGAAGAUCCCGGGCCUGUUAAGAAGGGACCGCAUCAUUACGAGUGGAAGCCAGCAUGA